AAUGAAUUAUAAAGCAAAUCUGGUAACACAAAAAUUGGAAACCUCUCUAUUCCAAGAUAUCUUUACACCACAACUUAGUAGACUCAUUGAUAUAUUCAAAAAACACAAUUAUGAACUACGAAUUGCUGGUGGUGCUGUUCGUGACCUAUUACUGAAUAUGAGUCCACAUGAUAUAGAUUUUGCAACAACAGCAACACCUGAUCAGAUGAAGGAAUUUCUCAAGGCUGAGGAUAUACGAAUGAUCAAUCUUAAGGGAGAAAAACAUGGUACAAUUACGUGUAGAAUUGAUGAAGAAAAUUUCGAAGUAACAACACUAAGAAUCGACGUUGAAACUGAUGGACGACAUGCUGAAGUACAAUUUACAACAGAUUGGCAAUUAGAUGCAUUAAGGAGGGAUUUGACUAUUAACCAGCUAUUUCUAGGCUUUGAUGGGACUGUUUACGACUAUUAUAAUGGAAUAAACGACCUUCGAGAAAAGAAAGUAAGAUUUGUCGGAGAUGCAGGUGAAAGAAUCAGAGAAGAUUAUUUAAGAAUAUUGAGAUAUUUCCGAUUUUAUGGAAGAAUUUCUGAAGUUGAGAAUAAUCAUGAAGCAGAGACUCUAAUGGCAAUUAAAGAGAAUGUAAGCGGUCUGUCUAAUAUUUCAGGUGAAAGAAUAUGGGUAGAACUAAAAAAAAUUCUCGAUGGAAAAUACGCAACAAGUCUAGUUAAAGUCAUAUACGACACGGGAGUUUCAACACACACUGGAUUUCCACAAAACGGAAAUCUAAAGGAAUUGGACAUCGUCUACGAAAGGUCUAAAGAUCUCAAGCCGUCUCCCAUCACUCUUUACUCCGCCUUAUUAUCCGACGAAGAAGAUGCUGCUGAAGCGAAAAAUCGUCUGAAAAUGUCAAACGAGGAGCUAGGUCUUAUUAGGUUCAUUAUAAAAUAUCGAACACUUCUCCCUGAUGAAAAUCGUCUGACUUGGUGCCAGGAUUCUAUAUAUUUGGAAGUUCCAAAGAAAGAAACAAAGCCCACAGUUGAAAGAGUAAAGGAACUAUUAAAAUAUAUGGGAGAUUCAGAAACUCUAAAAUCGUUUAGUGAUUGGACUCCACCAAAAUUCCCGAAUCUAGGCCAUAAAUUAUUGGAAAGAGGAGUAAAGAGUGGACCAACAUUGGGUAAAAUUUUAAUACAAUUGAAAGAGAAGUGGAAAGAAAGCAGAUAUUUAUACGGAGAAGAAGAACUCUUAGAGUAUGCAAUGAAAAUAAAAGAUAAAAUAAAAUAA